AUGCCAGCUGAAAAAGUGGUUGUCAUGCCGAGUCGAAAGACUAAUGAAGUCUAUGAAAACUGGAAGGUCUAUUCAAUCAAUGACAAACUAAUGUUCCGCUGCAAUGCGCAAGCUCAAUGGUACAUGAGUCGUAAAUUGGCAAAUCCUCAUUCGAGUCAUGCAAAGGCGAUCCAAUUGACCUUUGAGGCAAAAGGCCAAGGUCAUUCGGCUGAUGACUAUAUGGUUGAGGAUCGAGUCAAUAGUUGUGUUUCAUGUGAUGCAAGAGAUGUGCCAGACAUGUAUAGACGUUGGAUGCCAUUAGUAAUUAAAUCAAAAUCAAGUAGGGAUCUAUUGCUUCUGUGCAAGAUAUGCCACGAUGGUUAUGAAGGACAUGCUCUGAAACUCAAGAAACAAUUGGUCAAAAAGUAUGAUAUUGCACUAGAGGGAAAGGGAUGGAUUCAGAGACCAGACUACCGAGCUGCCCGUAAGGCUGCAGCCGCCCUUCUCCGUGCACCUGAAAAGAUCCCUCAGUCCAGAAUAGAAGAGCUUACAACGACCGUGGACUCGUUUGCAAAAGGGGAAGGCUGGACAGAUCUUAAAUGGACAGAUAUCCUUAGCAAGUGCUCUGAGCUCAAGGAUACUUUCCAAGGCCCUGAUUUUGUUGAACACGGAGAAUGUGUUGUCGGACAAUUGAUGCAAAACACAAACGACAGAGGACGAUGGCCAGACCUUGAAGAGUUUGUAAAACAAUGGCGCCAACAUUUUCUGGACCACUUGAAACCAAAGUUCCUCAGUUCAAGGUGGACUGUUGAUGGGGAUAUCUACACUGCUUAA